GGGGCGGCGGGGAUGUCGCUGCCGCGGCUGGAGAAGCCGAUCAAGCAGGCCUUCUACAACACGGGCGCGCUGCUGUUCGCGGGGCUGUGUUGCGGGGCCGCCGUGCUGGUCUACUUCAUUCUGGAGGCCUUCCUGCGGCCGCUGCUGUGGGCCGUGCUGUGCGGCACCUUCCUGCACCCCUUCAAGAGCUCGCUGACGGCGCUGGGCCGCCGCUGGCUGGGCCGCCUGCAGCGCUCCCGCACGCCCGUGCUGCUGGCCGCGCUGCUGCUGCCUCUCUGCUUCGCCAACUACGGCGUGGAGGCGCUGGGCGAGCAGGUGCUGCGACGCCGGCGGCUCCUGCUGCUGCUGGGCGCCGGCGGGCCGCUGCUUUACGGGCUGUACUGCCUGGGCAGCUCCCUGGGCGUGCAGGUACUGCUGGCCCAGGCCGCCCGCCUCAUCUGCCAGGGGCUGGACUACUUCAGCAGCCAGUGGAUAUGGACGUUGGUAGUUGGUUACCUGUUGAUGGUUUCAUUCAAGUGGAAUAUAAGCACCGAGCGUUACCUGAAAGCAGUCUCUGUCCCUGUGUGGAUCAUGCUGCUCUUUCACUUAGCUUCUGUGGCAGGCUGCUGGAGAAUUCCUGUGUUCCUGGUUAUAGUUGUUCUGAUGACUGUAGGCAUGUUGCAUGACCAGCAGAAUGGAAAGGAAUCUUCUGGGGCAGAGCUUCCUGGUCAGAUGAUUUCAAUUGCUGCUUCAACAAUUGCCAUGGCAAUUUCCGUGACAGAAGAUGAAUUCAGUAGUGAACGUUCCUCACAACCCUCAGCUGCCACAGAAGGUGAUCCACCUCCACAAGCUUCAUCAUCUUUCUCCUCUGCGUCCUCUUCUGGGAACAGACAAAGACCUGAGAUUGGUUCUUUUCUUAAAAAAAAGAAGACUAGUGAUGUUUACUUCGUUACACUUGUGUGGGCAAUUGUUAUUGUCCAGAUCUGGCUAAAUUUAUGGAUUGUGCAGCUAUUGCCAGUGCCUUUUGCAGCUUGGGCACUUAAAAAACUCGUCGUUCAUUUUGGAGUUCUGAGUUUCAUGGCAAAACGUUGCAAAAGUUGGUGGCAACUUGUUGAAAACUUUGUGAAAGAACGUCAGGAAGCUCUUGCACCGCGUCCCAUCAGAGGGCUUGGAAGAGUCAUGCUGAAGCUUGACAGUAAGCUGUGGCACUGGCUUAAUAAGAAGAUGAUCGUGUGGUUGGAGAAAAUGCUAGAUAAAAUAAUCAGCAUUUUCAUAAUAUUUUUGCUAGUGAUAGGAACCCUUCUCCUAGCCCUGCUCCUUACUGCAAAGGUACAUCAAGAGAGUGUUCACAUGAUUCAAGUCACGAGCAGCUUGAUCAAUGAGACAGUAGCCAGUCACCCAGAAUGGGCAAACUGGCUUCCAGAAGCCCAGGUUUUUCAGAAGGCGCUCAACUCAGCAGCAAAUAAUGUGUACCAAUAUGGCAGAGAAUGGAUUACACACAAGCUUCAUAAAAUUUUAGGAGAAAAAGUGAACAACACCGCUGUGAUUGAAAAACAAGUGCUGGAGCUUUGGGACAGGCUUUAUCAUUGUUGGUUUGUGAAGAAUGUAACGCAUUCUGGAAGACACAAAGGACACAAAUGGCACAUAAACCGUCAGAACAGCUGGCUUGGAGAUAUUCUGGACUGGCAAGAUGUUGCUUCAUUUGUUCAUGAUAACAUUGAAACAUUUCUUUCGAUCCUGGAGUCUCUCUGGAUAGUGAUGAGUCGGAAUGUGAGCCUCUUGUUCACUACAGUUACAACAUUGGUGACGAUCCUUUUCCAUAGUGGGACAGCUCUUCUCAAUUUUGUGCUUUCAGUGGUGAUUUUCCUGACCACGCUGUUCUACCUAUUGAGUUCUAGUGAUGAGUACUACAAGCCAGUGAAGUGGGUGAUAAGCCUGACGCCUCUGUCUCAACCAGGUCCUUCCUCAAAUAUAGUUGGCCAAUCUGUGGAGGAAGCAAUAAGCUGGGAAUCUUCAUCUGCCAUACCAGCAUGGGCCUGGUGCCGCUCGUCCUUACACAACAGAGCACCUCUGAGAAGACUCAAGCUUCAUCUUCCAGUAGUCAGCUUUAGUCAGCAAUCAGGUCCUCUCCUAAGCCUCAUCAUCUUCAUGCUGAUCAAAAGCGUUCCUUCAGCAUGCCCUGUAUGCCACAUACCCAGCCUUUCACCGUCUGGAAAGUCCUCAUGUCACAUGCAUCAAUAUAUUUCCUGUACCAAGGAGACCAAAAGGAGAUGCAGGAGUCCAGGUGCAGAAAGUACCAAGUAAGAGAGGAGAGCGUAUUUUCUGUUCUGUUUACCAUUACCUGGAAAUACCAUUUCCUGGAAAUACUAUUUCCUGGAAAUUACCAUUAGGAAAGAAUUCCUAAUGAAUCAUCUUGAACAGACCUUAAUGCUGCACUCUAGCACUCCGUCCUACCUGACUUGAAGUCCUCUGCUUCUCCAGAGGAACAGUUCUAACUUUUUUCACUGAUCUGCUGCUGUUCUUUCUGUGCCUGCACAGAGAGUGUGGCCUUGUUUUCAAGCAUCCACUGAAUAGCCUCGUAAUCCUCAAGCUGAGACACCCCCACCUCCAGGACCCAAGGCCUAUAGUGGGGCCCUCUUGUCUCCCACACUCAGCUGCUGAAAGGAGGCCAAGUUCACAUUUGUCUGCUUUCUUGGGAAUCCAUGCAGAAGAGAUGCUACCUCUUCAUGAGAGAUAGGGAUGGGAAAGGAGGCUAUCCUGCAGGCAAGCCUGCAAGGUGUUAAUGGAUAGCCCAGCUCAUUUGUCUGGGGACUACACACAGAUGAUAUAGUGGUGGGCACCUGAGCCUUUUAGUGAUGUUGCUGUGAGCACACCAAAGGGAGCCCUGGCAUGCUGGUAUUGUGUCAGGUUGGCUGUUUUGGACACGGAUUCACCUCUAUUGCUUUUUUUAUCUGGAGCUCAAUCUACUUCCAUUGGUUCUUCAUCUGGAGAUGAAGGGACUCCACAGUAGUGGUCACAGAGCUGGCUGUUGCUUGAAGGCCUCAGACUUGCUUCAGGGAGAUUUAGACUGGAUGUUAGGAAAUACUACUUUUCUGAAAGAGUGGUCAAGCACUGGAAUGGGCUGCCCAGGGAGGUGGUGGAGUCACCAACCCUGGAGGUGUUCAAGGAAUGUUUGGAUUUUGUGUUGAGGGACGUGGUUUAGUGAGUACUGUUGGUGAUAGGUGGAUGUUUGGACUGUGGAUGAUCUUGAAGGUCUUUUCUAACCUUGGUGAUUCUCUGAUUCUGUGACUCUCUUCUUCAUCUUCUUCUUCCACAUCGUCCUCUUCAAACUCCUUGGUUCCACGGAUACUUCUUGUUCCCACAUAAAAGUGGGCAGCCGUUACUCCAAGUCCUCUUGGUUUUGACUAUCAUUAGCUAUUGCCAGGGGCCUGGAAGCUCAUGAAUGUUGGACAAGCUGUAGGCAUGAAGGUGAUAAGAGCCCAAAACAGAAGUUGUUUGGUGGUGGUCAUUGUGACAGUGACCCCCCACACAUGGCAAGACAUAACUGUUGGGAGUGGUGUUUUGUGGCUUGAAAGAUGCCCUUUGUGUGGAAGGAGGAAGAGGGUUAGAAAGUCUGAGUGCCCCUUUCCUGAAGAUAGUUUCUCUGUGUUGUUUUGCUUGACAGAGACAAAGGCUACUCCUUGGGCGCAAGGACUGCCUUUGUGUCUUGUCUUCAUCUUCAAGCACCCGCUGGGUAGCCUUCUUAUCUUCAGGCUGAGACACCCCUGUCUCCAGGACCCAAGGCCUAUAGUGGCGUGUGAGGGAGGCUUCCUGUCACUGUUGGAGCUGCCAAGAGGAAGCCAGAUUCACAUCUGUCUGCCUUCUUGGGAAUCCAUGCAGAAGAGAUGCUACCUCUUCAUGAGAGACAGGGAUGGGGAAGAAAGCUAUCCUGCAGGCAAGCCUGCAGAUGUUAAUGGAUGGCCCAGCUAAUUUGUCUGGAGACUGCACGCAGAUGGUAUAGUGAUGGGCACCUGAACCUUUUAAUGAUGCUUCUGUAAGCACACCAAAGGGAGCCCUGGCAUGCUGGUAUUGUGUCAGGUUGGCUGUUUUGGACACAGAUUCACCUCUAUUGCUUUUUUAUCUGGAGCUCAAUCUACUUCCAUUGGUUCUUCAUCUGGAGGCGGAUACAUCUCCAUGGGCUCCACAGCAGUGGUGACAACACUGGCCAUUUAUCAAAGGUGUGCUCUUCAUCCUCCUCCUCCUCCACUGUGGGCCUCCUCCAUCUCUUUUGUUCCAGGAACCACUUCUCUUCAUUCCCGUAUAAAAGUGAGGAGUUGCUGCCCCAAGUCCUUUUCGUUCCAGUCAUCACUGGCAAUUGCCUGUGGCCUGGAAGCUCAGUGAGUGGUGGGACAGACACAGAGUUUUUAUAGGAUCUGAAACAAAGGAUGGGAUAGUGGUGACUACUGUGACAUUAGGAAAAUUCUGUGAUGUCCACUGUGAUGGAGGGAAUGGUGCUGGGUGGCCUGAAAGAUGCCCUUUGUGUGAAGAGGAGGAUGGUUGGAGGGGCUGAAGGCCCUUUUCCCAGGAUGGCUCCUUAGUGCUAUUUGGCUUGCCACAGAAGAAGGCUGCCCAUCAGGCACAGGGACAGCCCUCCACCUCUGCUGCUGUGCUCUGUCCUUGAUCCCCCUCCUCAUCCCGUGUUUGGGAUGCAUGUACCACAAGAUGGUAGCAGCAGUGUUUCUGGAGUGUCUGCCAUUACCCUGCUGCUGCUGACCCAGCUCUCUGCAAGUGUUGCAGCUCCCUCUAUUUGGCAGAAGCUAGAGGAUGAAGCACCCAGGUGACCCACGAGCAGGAGACAGAGGCACAGCUGGUCUGUGCAAGGUCUUCCAGCGGUCUGUAAAGGUGCUGCUGAGCCCUUUUUUGCUGUCCCCUUCUCCUGCCUCUCCUUGGAGCGUGAAAGUGCCAUGCCUUGUGUCCUGAGCCCUGAGGGAGAGGGGAGGGGUGGACCUUCCCUGGGCUGCUGUGCACUGUUUCUGUUGGCAGCACUUUCAGUCAGAGUUAGGAACAUGAUUUACUUUAGGAAUGUGAGACCCAAUAAGACUGGUUUAUUGGAUUUAGAUAUUUUUGUUUUCAGUGUUUGACAGUGAAUUGUGUUGAGGCUUAGAGGAAAUUACCUGCACAUAACAGAUUGUGAGAUUUACUUUCCUCAAAAAGCUUCUGUAAAAUUAAGUUAGUUUGUAAGUCACCCAGCUCCCAUGUAAGCAGGAAAAUUAUGUCCUUCAAACUUCAACCCUGAAAGAAGGAGGUGGUGCUUCUGUCUGGACUUUAUUUUAAAGUAGCAACUCUCCAAUUCACAGGUCUCCUAAGUAGUAGCAUGCACACCUUUGCCUGAACCAUUUUCCUUUCCCUGAGCAGCAUGUCGUUCUCUUCCUGAAUGCACCAUACCCUUCUUCCCUGAAGCUCCCAUUCUGCUUGCUCUGGUGGAGAUAUUGCACAUUACUAAGUUGCAUGUUGUCACGGCCUCAGUGCAAUUUAGUGUGUGCGAUACUUUCACAUGAGUGCAUGCACACGGGUAUGGCUGUAGCUUAAAGUUUCUGCAGCUUUCAAUUUUGGUGGGGCCUAAAUUACAUCGUAAAAUGAUCUAAAACCCAGAUCAGUAUUUUGAGUGAUGUCUUGAAAUACUUGUUUGUAGAAUUUUGGUUUGUACUACUAGGAAGAUGAGCACUGUUUUCAAUUUGAGAAGGGUUAUCAUUAUUUGCUUCAUUUUCUUCAUCUGUCAUGUGCGCUUCAAAUUUGAUCAGAUUUUUUCAUGGACUCAAUAAAUUUUCUUAAAAUCUCAGGCAUUUCUAAAGAAGGAAGUAUUUCAGUCCGGAAGUAAUCGCAUUCUUAAUUGAAAUUUACCAAAAAGCCAAAGGGAGAUUUGAUAUGAAGAUAACCUGUGUACCUGGAUAGCUGAAAUAGAAGCUUAAAAUCCUUAAGACUCUAUUUCUUAACAUCUAGAGUGGUCAGAAGUGAGGAGAAAAAGAAAAGUAACUGUUUAAAAGUACCUGGCUUAUUUACUGUGGCAUCAAGGCAGUAAUGAUGAAGAAAAUGAAAUGGUGAUACAAUUCCCACAGAAAACAAUAAUCUUCCAGCAUGUUAUGCUAAUGCUUAGAGAAGCUAAAGUGUCUUUAUUUUAUUGCAACAUUAAUAAUGUCUUUCGGAGUAAUUUUUCAAAGCCAACUGUUAACUGAUUGUGUUUUGACUGAAUUUCUGCAUGCGUUCUGUGUUUCUUAGUAACAGGAGUAUCUCUUGCAAAAAUCUGUUUUGUCAUUAAAAGGAUCCUACUGAAAUAAGCUCUACUUAACGGUGUGUGUCAAGGGAUGAGAAUAGAUCUAAAAAUGAUUCUGCUUUAACUAAAUGAUUUCCUUGUCUAAAACUGUGGGAGUAACAGAUUUCUCAAAAAAUUGAUGGAGGAAAGGAAACCCAUUGAGUUAUUGGGGGGGGGG